AUGUACAGCUUCUCCACCCUCUUCUCCACUCUCGCCGUCGCCCUCGUCGCUUCCGUCGGCGUCCAAGCGGAGCGUCACGUCGUCCACUUUGACAACCGAUGCGGAUACGGUACCCCGACCUUGAUCCAAGGCGGUCGCGUGCUGUCCACCGGCGGCGACUACGUCAGCAACGGCCCGCUCGUCGCCGCCAUCGCAUACCUCCAGACCGGAGCAUGCGGGUUCAACGGCGAGAACUGCUCGCUGCUCGAGACGACGCUGAAGAACCCGACGUGCGCCGGCUGCGGGUCUAGCACGGACGUGUCGCUGAUCCCGCCGCACAAGUUCUCGGUGACGACUGGGUUCGGGUACUACAAUGGGCAAGUCGGCGGGAUGCUGCCUGGCGGUGCGUUCUGCACUCCGACGGACUACCAGUCGCAGCGACAGUGCCAGGCCAACGACGUGAACCUGGCAUCACUUUCUGCGCCUGAGGGGUAUGAACCAGUCGGUGGAGCAGGAUAG